AUGACUAUUGCUCCUAUGUCUUGCUUAACAGCUUCCCAAUGGUUGACAGCUGGUGAAUCUUGGAAUGACUUUGAGAUUCAUCUGCAAACAGCAUUGGGAGGAAACCAGUCAAGCCCUACAACAUUCGUCCUUCUGGGAUUUGGCAAUUUCCUUGGAUUGCGAAUUCUCCUCUCUGUAUUAUUCCUUGCAAUCUAUGCUUUGUCUCUUGUUGGAAACCUCCUAAUUGUUUUACUGGUUGCAGUUGACCAGCAUCUUCAUACUCCCAUGUACUUCUUCCUCAUGAACUUGUCCUGUUUGGAGACUUGCUACAUUUCAACCAUCGUACCCAGAAUGCUGGCUAGUUUCCUUACUGGGGAUAGGUCCAUAUCCAUUAAGGGGUGCAUCACACAAUACUAUUUCUUUGGUUUCUGUGCAGCCACAGAAUGCUAUCUUUUGGCCAUGAUGUCUUAUGAUCGGUAUUUGGCAAUAUGCAAACCUCUGCACUAUUCAACCAUUAUGAAUGGUAGACUCUGCCUCCAGUUAGCAUUCACGUCUUGGAUGUGUGGCCUAGUGACCAAUACUAUAAUUACUUCUUUUAUGUUGGAGCUCACAUUCUGUGGACCCAAUGAAAUUGAUCAUUUCUUUUGUGACAUAUAUCCAGUGGCAAACCUCUCAUGCAGCAAUACGCACCAAGUAAAACUUGUAACAUUUAUUCUAGGGCUUAUGGGAACAGGUCCUCCUUUUCUACUAACUAUAACCUCCUACAUCUGCAUUCUUCUCACUGUCCUGCGAAUUAAAUCCAAAGCUGCUCAGCAGAAAGCCUUUGCCACCUGCUCUUCCCAUCUGAUUGUUGUGACACUUUUCUAUGGGUCAAUAUUCCUUGUCUAUAUAGUUCCUGAAUCAGUAACACCAAGUGAACUACACAAAACCUUCUCCCUUUUCUACACCGUCCUAACACCCACCCUUAACCCGCUGAUAUACAGUUUGAGAAACAGAGAAGUGAAGGAAGUGCUUUUCAAAACUGUCAGAAGAUUCAGCAACAGGGUUUCAUAGGUUCACAAUGUUUUGAUAGAUAAGAUUAGCAGACCUUCCAAAUGUCCCUAUUUUCCAGGGACAGUCCCGAUUUACAGAAGCCUUUCUGGUUUCUGAUUUGAUCCUGGAAUAUCCCACUUCCCCUUAGGAUGUCCCUGUUUUCAUCAUCUGUGGGUUAAACCACAGAGCCCAGGACUUGCCAGUCAGAAGGUCGGCAGUUCGAAUCCCCGCAACAGGGUGAGCUCCCGUUGCUUGGUCCCUGCUCCUGCCAACUGAGCAGUUCGAAAGCACGUCAAAGUGCAAGUAGAUAAAUAGGUACCACUCCAGCGGGAAGGUAAACAGCGUUUCCGUGCGCUGCUCUGGUUUGCCAGAAGCAGCUUAGUCAUGCUGGCCACAUGACCCGGAAGCUGUACGCCGGCUCACUUGGCCAAUAAAGCGAGAUGAGCACCGCAGCCCCAAGUCGGCCACGGCUGGACCUAGUGGUCCAUGGUCCCUUUACCUUUACCUUUACAUGCACGUGCUAGAAGAGAUGAGAUCAUAAACUGUGGAAUUGAACCAGCUGCAAGGUCGUUAAGAUUGGAAAUUGAGAGACUUCAC